UGGACAAAGCCUGGUGGCCUCUCUGCUCCAUGUUGGUUUGGCAGCCGGCACAGGCAUGACCCAAGGGGACAGAGCAGGCCCCAGAGGAAGUUGGGAGAGGAGCCUGGUUCGUGGCCUGUGCCGCCGUUCUUCACCCCUUGGGCCAGGGCUUCACCCGCUGGCUGCUUUCCCUGCCCCAGACUAGGCUGCUGGGUCUGGGCAUGGGCUGUACAUUCUGAAAUCGGGCCACCCUAGAUAACCCAGAGCUACCGAAGGGCCCCACUGGCCCGCUCCGCGGCAACCCUCCCGGGAGGACCUGAGCCGCUGAGGGCGGGUCGGGACCAGGCCAUCCCCCUCCCCCAGGCCUCCUCCCCUGCCCUUCCAGAGCUCGGCGGGCGCCCAGGCAGUUCGGGAGCCCGAACCUGUCGAGCAGGUUUUAAGAGCCGCCGGGACUGAGGCUGGGGAAGGAUGCACGGUCUGCCCCGUGCUCCGCGCUCUCUCUCGGUCGCCUGAGUCCCUCGCCUGCCUGACCCGGAGCCGCCGGCGACUCCAUGGCGCGCGCACCCAGCCUCCUGGCGCCCCUGCUGAGCCUGGGCCUGGGCCUGAGGCUGGUCCUGAGCCUGCCUGGGGCGGGGGCCAUGGACUGUGGGUCCUUCGGCAGGGUGGAGCGCCUGUCGUUCGCCCCGGAGGCCAGGGUCCGGUGGCUGGCCCCUCGCGUUCGCGAGCAGGGGCCCCUGGACCCCCUCUAUAGCACAGUGCGCCACUUCCUCUCCGUGGUGCAGCUCAACCCCUUCCCGGCUGGGUUGGUAAAGGUCCUGCUUAAUGAGCCAUCCUCCGUGGAGGUGGAUGAGGUGGUGCGGUAUGAGGCUGGCUACGUGGCAUGCGCUGUGAUCGCGGGUCUCUACCUCCUGGUGGUGCCCACCGCUGGGCUCUGUUUCUGUUGUUGCCGCUGCCGCCAGCGCUGCGGGGGCCGAGUGAAGACGGAGCACAAGGCAAUGGCCUGUGAGCGAUGCACCCUCAUGGUCUUCCUGCUGCUGACCACGCUCAUGCUGCUGACUGGUGUGGUCUGUGCCUUUGUCGCUAACCAGCACACGCACCAGCAGGUGGGCCCCAGUGCUGAGGCCUUGCCUGAGACUCUUCUCAGCCUUCGUGGCCUGGUCUCUGAUGUCCCCCAGGAGCUGCAGGCCGUGGCACAACAGUUCUCCCUUCCCCAGCAGCGAGUCUUGGAGGAACUGGAUGGUAUCGGCCUGAGCAUUGGGGGCAGUAUCUACACCCAGCUCCGGAGCACCGUGUAUGAGGCCCUGGCCUCAGUGCAAAGCCUGGGCCAGGCCCUGCAGGUCUCCAUGGACCACUUCCGGGCCCUGAACGCCACCUUGGUGGAGCUGCAAGAGGGACAGCGGGACCUGGAGCUGGCUGUCCCGGAGCACCGGGAGCGACUCCUCAUCCGACUGCAGGAGCCCGGCUGCGAGGGCUGCGCAGGGGCCCUGAGUCAAGCCCAAGCCCUGGAGCUGGGAGCUAACUACAGCCAGGUGCCCCCUGUGGGUGAUGUCCUGCAUCGGCUGAAGGGUGUCCCGGAGGCCAACUUCUCCAGCAUGGUCCAGGAGGAGAACCUCACCUUCAACGCCCUCCCGUACCUGGCCGACUUUGAAACAGCCAACAUGGUCAGAGAGCUGAAGAACAUGGUGGCCCAGCAGCCUGCAGGACUGAGGACACUGGCCGAAGGGUUCCCCGACUGGGAGGCAGCCUCUCACUGGAGCCAGGCACUAGAGAAUGUGGCACAGAGUAGCCGCCCCUACCUGAAGGAGGUGCAGAGAUAUGAGAAAUACAGGUGGGCUCUGGGCUGCGUGCUGUGCUCCGUGGUCCUGCUUGUGGUGGUCUGCAACCUGCUGGGCCUCACCCUGGGCAUCUGGGGGCUGGCUGCCAGGGAGGACCCCAGCCACUCAGAAGCCAAGAGCGAAGCUGGAGCCCGCUUCCUCAUGGUGGGUGUGGGCUUCAGCUUCCUCUUCGCUGUACCCAUCAUCCUCCUCGUCUUUGCCACCUUCUUGGUGGGAGGCAACGUGCAGACACUGGUGUGCCGAAGCUGGGAGAGUGGGGAGCUCUACGAGUUUGCAGAUACCCCCGGGAACUUGCCCUCAUCCUUGAACUUGUCCCAACUUCUGGGCCUAAAGAAGAACAUCAGCAUCCACCUGGCCUAUCAACAGUGCAAGGAAGGGGCUUCGCUCUGGAGGGUCCUUAAGCUCAAUGACUCCUACAACCUGGAGGAACACCUUGACAUCAGCCAGUAUACUGCCAAGCUGCAGCAAAAGUUGGAAAGCUUCAAAGUGGACACGAAGAAUCUGGACCUGCUGAGCCCAGCCGCCCACCGGGACCUGGAGGCCCUGCAGAGCAGUGGGCUGGAGAAUAUCCACUACCCUGGCUUCCUCGUUCAGAUCCGAAAGCCCCUGGUGAACACUGACGUGGAGAAGCUGGCCCAGGAGCUGGGAAGACUGGCACAGACCCAAAGAAAUUCUGUGCUGGGGCAGCAAUUGCAGGAGGAGGCCCAAGGGCUCAGAAACCUCUAUCAGGAGAAGGUCCUCCCCCAGCAGAUCCUCGUGGCCAAGCUCAAUCUCAGUGUCAGGGCCCUGGCAUCCUCCACCCCAAGUCUCCAGCUGGAGACCUCAGGUGUCCUGCAUAGGGUAACUUACUUGAAAGAAGAGCUGCCUACGCAGGCCACCCGAAUCCUGAGGAAUGAAAGUAUGUGUUUCCUGGCCCGGGAGCUGGACUACUUUUCCCAGUAUGUGGCCUGGGUGAGAGAGCAGGUGACUCAGCGCAUUGCCACCUGCCAGCCCCUCUCCAGAGCUCUGGACAAUGGCCGUGUCAUCCUGUGUGACAUGGUGGCUGACCCCUGGAAUGCCUUCUGGUUCUGCCUCUCGUGGUGUGCCUUCUUCCUGAUCCCCAGUAUCGUCUUCGCCGUCAAGACCUCCAAAUACUUCCGUCCCAUCCGGAAACGCCUCAGCUCCACCAGCUCUGAGGAGACUCAGCUCUUCCACAUUCCCCGGGUCACGUCCCUGAAGCUGUAGGGCCCCUGUGGAGUGAGACCAUGAUACUCACCUUCCUCGCCCCUGUGAAGUGAGCCCUGCUUGUGGGAGCUUGCUCUGAGGCAAAGGUCACCAGGAAGGCAUCUGGACUGACAGGGAACUUGGCCUCUCACCUGACAGCUGUACACGGGGCUUGCUGUCACCGUCCUCCCAGGACACAGCAGUGUGCUAGGACCAGUGAGUGCAAGGUCCAGCCUGUUCUGGAAGUCCAGCAGCGCCAGACACCGGGGUCGCCUCCGCUCUGAAGACCAGCCUUCCUUGCCUCAGUGGGUCAACAGCUCCAGGCUAUUUUUUCCCUGAGGAUCUGAAAGUUGGAGCUAAUUGGCUGGCUAAAAAAAAGAAAGAAAAGGAGAAGGGCGGGCAAGUGUUUCUGUUCCGUCUGCAAAGGAGGGGGUGUCUCAGGGCUCUGUUGCCAUGGGAACUACUGGCACAGGCUGGCUCCUUGGGGUGCAGAAAAGGGAAACUUGGCAGAGGUUUUAGGCACCUGGUUCCUGGGUGGUUUCCCUGGGGACUGAGCAAAUGCCCAGGAGGCUGCCCUCCCGAGGGGUAGGGAGGCUCUCUGCUCUCUAGGAUGCCCAGGGGCCCUCGCCCUUCCCCCCAGUUGCCGACCCAGGAGAUCCGGCAGGUCCCUCAGCCUCCCUGAUGUGGUCCCAAGCUCGGACCCAGGCACCAAAUGACAGGCCUUGGAGAGAUGGGCUACUUCGGGGGUCUCAGGGGCUCGGGCUUGGCUGGGGCGAGGGGAGAGCUGCUCCCACACCGCAAGCCCCUCAUGGGGUAAAAGAGGUAGUUAAGGGUGGGGAACAGAUGAAAGAGACGAAAGAGCCCCUGUGUGUGACAUGAUGUGGUCAUGGUGACUGUCGCCAUCUCCUGCGGUGUGGUCUCAUCGGUGAGGCCAUUUUGGACCCAGGCAGGGCCGCAGAGUGAUGUCCCCACCAGGAAGAUGCUACAGAGCCGGGGUGGCAGGGAGGCUGGAGAAAUCCCAGGGAGACCCCAGGCCCUGGCCCAGUGGAACCCCCUCUGUAGUCCAUCUUGACUGCGAGGUUGACUGCUGGUCACUCCACUGCUAUCAUUAGGAAGGGCCAGCAGCACGGGGAGUAGGCAGCUGGGUGGGGGUGGCCUGCUCUGUAAGAUGCCUCCAGGGGCGCCCCAGGCUCCCUGCUGUCCCCUGCCCUCUCCAGGCAGGAACACCUGCUGCAGCUCCCCUUCCCCUCAGCCCAGGCUCUCUGCACCCCCACCCGGGGGAGCAGGGAGUUGUGUGUUAGAGAAAGAGAAAGACUGCAGGGAAGGCCCAGAGGGAGAUGCUCAGAGUCACACAGAAAGACUUCAACAGGCUGAGAGGGCAGGGAGCCAUUCAUAGAGUGGGACAGAUAGCCUGGGAGGGAGACCAAAAAUGUGAAAGAGAGAGAGAAAGACGUUGAGAGAAGAAGGAGGCAAG